GUGUCUCUUUUCCGUCAGUUGCGCAUUCUGGUUGGAACUUGCUUCGCCAGCAUCGGGGCGUUGUUCUGGUCCAUGGUCCUUUUAAUCGUGCUGCAGAUUGGCUUUGCCUUGGCCAUCUGCCAGGCUCUACAACUUUUCAUUCUGGACACGCAGGCAGACUUUGAAACACGCAUGGAAAUGCAUUCGUAUUACGGAAGCUUUGCCAAGGCGCUAUAUACAAUGUUCGAAAUCACGUUUUCAGGCUCAUGGCCUGUUCGCGUGAGGCCUGUCAUCGAAAAAGUCGAUGCAUGGUACUCGGUUCCUUUCCUCGCCUAUGUAACUUUCGUUGUCUUCGCAGUGAUAAAGAUCGUAACCGCCCUUUUCUUGAAGGAGACUCUGACCAGUGCAGCGAAUGAUGCUGAUAUGGUAAUGGAGGAUGCUCGACGCACGGCUCAGGACUAUCACUACAAGCUCCAAGAACUGUUCCGCUUGGCCGAUGAUGACGGUGAUGGCAACCUUUCAAGGGAGGAGUUCGUGGAGACAAUGAGCCUUCCUAGUGUGCAGCACUAUUUGAGGACCUUGGACAUGAGCAUUCAAGACUGCAGGCCGUUGUUUGACAUCUUGGAUGAUGGAGAUGGGCUUAUAACCAUCGCCGAGUUUGUGAAGGGCCUCUCUCAAAUCAAGGGCCAAGCUCGCGCGGUGGACAUUGUAAUCUUGCAGCGGGAGAAUGCAAAGCUCUUAGCAGAGUGCCAUCAUAUUCGGAAAGACAUUGACCGCAUCCAAAGAACUUUACCGAGGAUGCUCCGCAGUGUGGCCUCUGGCCUCAGCGCAGCUUCCGGAGAGUCAGAAACGCUUUUCACGGCAUGA